ACAAACUGGGAAUCGACGAUCUUCCCGAACUUGCGAAAACAUAUCUUAUUGAAGAAAGACCAUCAUAUGUGCGUGAACAUGCCGUCAAAGUUUUUCAAGCCGUUCGAUAUCUUAGGUCAUUUGACGAGCUCAAGAACCUUUGUCUUGAGGGGAUUACCACCGAUUUAUUCACAAAUGAUAGCUAUUUAACAUUGGAAGAGGACGUUCUAGUUCCGAUCCUAGAGCGCGAUGAUUUUUAUAUAAAGGAAGUUGUACUGUGGAAACAUGUGUUGAAAUGGGUAUUAACCAAACAUCCCGAGCUGGAUAAAGAUCCAUCGAAAUGGACGCCGGCUAAUAUCAAACAAGCGCAAGCGACGUUGCAAGCUCUAGUUGGAACCAUUCGGUUUUUUCUAAUGUCAUCAGAUGAUUACUACAAUGAAGUCAGACCGUAUAAAAAAAUACUGCCGAGAGGAGUGAAUGAACAGGUUAUGCUGUAUCUGUUGACUGGCAAAGGUUCAGAGAGUUUCAUGGCAAGGCCAAGAGUGAAACCCCCUUCAGAGUCGAGCGCAUAA